ACCGCCCGACUGCAGGUGGAUGUCGCGCGAGAUAGUUUUUUAGGUUAGAAAGUUUAUGGAUGCUUCAAUAUCAGCGAGCACAGUUAUUAAUUACGAAUUUAUUUAUAUCGAAGAAUUGGUUAACGACGAGUUACUGACACCGACAUGGCUGGGAAGCAAGGAAAAGAUCUGGCAUUGUCUAUGUUGAGAGUGCUACCUAGACUGUCGCUAGGAAACAUAAAAAAUAAUCCUGGCUCGACGAAACAGCCUAAACGCGGUAGAGGUCAACACGGUGGUAAUAAGCAUGGUUGUGGAAACAAGGGCGCCACCCAAAGACAAAAUUAUUUGCGUCUGGGUUACGAGACUGGCAAUACCCCCUUUUAUCUGAGAUUUGGCAAGGAACCUUACUACAAAGGACAUCACUUGAGACGAGAAUAUCCACCGCUCUCUUUACAAAUGCUGCAAAUGUAUAUCGACACAAAUCGGCUGGAUAUCAGUAGACCAAUCGAUCUCGUAUCAUUGAUAAACACUGGUUUGUACAAUAUAAAUGUGCACUAUAAACAUGCCGGAGUUCAUUUAACAGAUCAGGGGGCACAUUGCUUUAAUGCCAAAAUAAACAUAGAGGUGCAGUGGGCCAGCGAGCCUGUGAUCGCCGCGAUUGAGAGAAAUGGUGGUGUAAUUACAACCGCCUACUAUGACACGCACUGCCUUCAUGCCAUGGCCGAUACAGAAUUGUUCUUCAACAGAGGUGAACCAAUACCGCGUAGGCUUCCGCCACCGACGGAUUGCUUAGAAUAUUAUUCCAGCGCCGCUUCGAGAGGGUACCUGGCCGAUCCCGAGAAGAUCUCUCACGAACGACUGGUGCUGGCGCAAAAGUACGGCUACGAAUUACCGAAGAUCGAGGACGAUCCCGAUUACGAGAUGUUGUGCGAGCGCAAGGAUCCGCGGCAAAUGUUUUACGGUCUAGAACCGGGCUGGCUGGUCAGUCUCAAGGAUAGAGUCAUACUGAAACCGAAGGCCGAGUAUCUGAAGGAGUUCUACGCUAGUUGAGACGAGGCACGAAGAUACAUACAAUUGCAAUGUGAAUAAAUUAGAUUUAAUAAAUGAUACUUUAUGCGAACGACAA